GUACUGCAGUACCGCACGCGGUGUCGAGAGUUGGAGCAGCGGCUGGAAGCAGGAGGGGUGAGUGUGCCGGGGUCUCUUCCAGGCAGGUGGGAAGCCACAGAAGACCAGAGCCUGGAGAAAGCCCUGCUUCAAUUGGAAGAAGAGCAGCAGAGGUCCCUUUCCAGCCUAAAUUAUUCCAGGGUUCCGUGGAAAGCUCAUGAAGUUAAUUCAGCCCUCAAAGAAGAUGUUGGGAAACUGACGGCGGAUUGGAUGAGGGCCCGGGAGGAGCUGGAAUUGAAGGAGAGUGAAUGGCGCAAGGAACGUGAGCUUUAUGACAGCUACUUACGCGGAGAACAUAAUCGUCUACUUGGCCUAUGGCGUCAGGUGGUGACGUUCCGCCGUCAUUUCCUGGACAUGAAGACUGCCACUGACCGAGAUUUGUCAGAGCUGAAGGCAGAGCAGAUGAGGCUUUCUGGAUCUAUACUUGUGAACUGCUCCGGCCUAAACUUUGGAGUACAGCUCUGGGAGUCCAUCACGCUGGGCAGACCUGUCCUGAAGGAUGAAGCACAGCAGCAAGUGGGACAGGAAGGAAACCAUCAGAGUCAGGAAGUGAUGUGCUUACAAGUCAAGGGGGACUUGGAGAAGAAGGAUCUUCAGGACAGGGUGGUGGAGCUCUCAGCCUUGCUUGAACAGUCUCAGAAGCAGAAUGAGGAGAAGGAGAAGACCAUGGAAACACUGAAGGAGACAGUGGAGCUUCUAGAAGCAAGUCAGUUAGAGAGAGAAGAUGAAGCUUCAUUGACUAAAAGUGCCAAAGAAAAGAAUCUUUCCCUCCAAAAGCUGAUCAAAGAUAUAACUGAGGUGGUGUUAACUGACAGCGGCAGCACGGUCAGCAUGAUCUGCACUGACAGUUCCCAGCACGCUGACUCCAGCAGCCCCCUCUCUUGUCUGAGCUCCGUGGAUGCAGAGCAUGCCUUUGUAUUGGUUCAGGAAGCACUGGCAAGGAGGAGAGGAGUAACACAGGCCCUAAAAGAAGAGCUUUCUGCCAGGGAGGACUCCAUCAAUUUCCUGCAGCACCAGCACAGAGAGCAGGAAGAGAAGUGCAGGAAGCUGCAGCAAAGGUUGGAGCAACUGGAGGAGGAAUGCAUGAUGUCCAGCAGCCACCAGCAGCACCUCCAGUCUCUGGUAGAAGCACUCAGAAGUGACUGUGCAAACCUCAAGAAAAUCAAGGAAGAGCUACAGCAGCAGCUUGAAGUAACAGAGCAAGAAGCCUCACGUCUGCGUCAAAGCAACACUGAACUGCAGCUGAAGGAAGAUUCAGCCCAGGGGGAAAAAGUGGAGCAGCAACAGAUGGUGGAGAGGGCACGUCAUGACCAGGAGCUCCUACUGAAGGACUUAGUUGCACUUGAAGGAAAACAUUCAUUAUUACAGAGCGAGUUGGUAAUCACAAGAGAGACACUGGAGGAAUUGCACCUUCAGAGGGAUCUGCUGAAGCAAGAGAAACAUGAGCUUACCAUGGCACUGGAGAAGGCAGAGCAGUCAGUAGCAGAGUUGACAGGGGCUCAGAAUAAGCUGAGUGCCGAAGUAGCUGACCUACAUGUUGCAACAGCGAAGAUGAGCAGUAUCAAUGAAGUUCUUGCAUUGGAUAAAGUGCAGCUGAACAAACUUGUGCUGCAGCUGGAGCAAGACAAUGAAGUUCUGUCAGAUAAAGUGGUUGAGAUGGAGAGAGCAAGGAUCUCUGACCAGGAGAAGCUGGGCUUGUGUAAAAGAACAACUGAAGAGCUCUGCGCAGAGAAAACCCACCUGGAACAGCUGCUGAAGAAAGCAGAGGAGCAACAGGAAGGGCUGCGGGUAGAGCUGAGGAUGCUGGCAGAGGAGAAGGAAGAAACUCAGGAGAAACUCAGUCAGGUUUACCGCCAGCAAGAAUCGGCCAGCAGCGAUCUGGAGCAGUUGCGCCAGGAGUCCUCUCGCCAAGGGCAAGCACUGGCCAAGGUGUCCAAAGAGAAGGAACUGCUGGUGCAUGAGAAGGCUGCCCUAGAGGAGCGACUGGCAGCCGUGGAGCGGGACAGACAAGGCCUUUCGGAGCAGCUGGCAGAGGCCAGGUCAGUGAAGGAGAGCCUGGAAUCCAGCCUGUUUGAGGCUCAGCAGCACUUAUCUCGGCUGGAGAUCACCAGGAGUCAGCUUGAAAUGCAGCUUGACACAGUGACACAGGCCAAGGAGGUGAUACAAGGGGAAGUGAAGUGUCUUCAAUGUGAGCUGGAAGCAGAGAGAUCCCUCAUCAAGCAGGAACUGGAAAACAUGGCACAACAGCUCUUGCAGAAGGAACAGCAGUAUGAGAAUGCCCUCAGGCUUCGGCAAACUGAGCAUGAAGUGGAAAUAAACAAGCUGCUGCAAGACCUGGCAAGCGAGCGGGAAGGGCACCAUUCAGAGCUGCAGGAGAUGUUGGAGCAACAGGAAAAGGAAAAAGCAGAGACAGAGAGGGAGCACGAGAAGAAGCUGUUUGACAUGAAGCAGCAGGUUGCUGCCAUGCAAGCUCAACAAGAAGAAGAGCGAACCAGAGCUGAAAAUGCCAAGGAAGAGAUCCUACUAGAAAAGGAGCAUGAGAAGAAUGCUUUAUUAGAGACUCUACUCCAAACUCAGGGAGAGCUAAGAGAAGCCUGCCAGCAGGUAGAGCAGCUCCGGCAGGAGGUGGAGGAGCAGCGAGAGAAUGGGCAGAACAUCACAGAAAAGCUGCAAGCAGAGCUGCAGGAAACUGAGAGUCAGAUCAAGGCAGAGGAGAAGAGGCACGAGGAACAAAUCCAAACUGUCAAAGAGGAAAUGAAUAUCCUUCUUCAGCAGAGGGAUGCUCUACAAAACCAGGUGGAAGAGUUGACAGCUCAGCUUGCAGCCUCCAAAGAGUCCCAGCAAGUAACUGGUCGCAAAGCUCAGCAAGAUCUGAGUGAAGCACAGGAACUGACAAGGCAGAAGGUGCUGGAGGUUGAGCACCUCCAGAAGAUCCUGGAAGAGAAGAGAAGUCAAUGGGCAGAGGUAGAACAGCAGAACAAGGACCUGCAAGUGUGUCUGCAGACCUUGGAGGGGGAAAGGAGUCGAUGGGAAGAAGUGGAGCAUCACAACACAGAAUUUCAGGCUUCACUGAAGGUCCUAGAGAGUGAAAAAGCCAGACUGACUCUGUCUCUGGAAGAGAAGGAACUGAGCCUCAGAACCCUGGAAGAAAACAACCUUGCCCAGCAGAAUGAAGUGUCUCAGCUUCUUUCUGCUGUUCACCAGGCCCAGCAGCUCCAUUCAGACCACAGGAGAGAAAUACAAGAGCUCAAUAACCAGGUACAGUCGCUGCAGGAAGUGGUGCUGGAGAAGGAGGCUGGCCUGGCAACUCGAGAGAAGCAGCUGCUGCAGGACCUGGAGGAGUCCCGAGCAGGCGAACGGUGCUUGAGGGACUCUUUGCGUGUGCUGGAGGCUGAGAUGUCUGAACUGCGUUUGAGACUCUGUAGCACAGAGACCAGAGCAAAUGCACUGGCCACAGAGUGUCAGCAGGUGAACGCUGCCCACUGCGAAGCCCGAUCCCAGCUGGACAAACUGCACUUGGUUCUGCACCGCACGAUCUGUGACAGCAGAGGCUCAGUCACCUGGAGCUCAGAACAGGGUCAUGUUGGGGGCCUCACUGUUUCUCAGGCCGGGGACCUCCCUACAGAGCUCACAGUGGACAGAGUGGCAGCAGCUCUACAAGACCUGUGUCAGCACCUGAAGCAGACUCAGCAAGAUCUGAAUGAUGCGAGGAAGAAGAUACAGGACUUGGAGCUGGAGCUGAGCGAGGGGCAAGCUGAGAAGGACCAUUUGAGUGCCCACAAUGAAGAGCUGCAGAAACAGUUGGCUCGAAGCCAGGAAGAGACACAGAUGACAGAACGCAAGAACAACUCUCUGCAAGCUGCCUUGCAGGAAGAGGCUGCUGCUCUAAAGAAGGAGGCCAUGACUCUACAUCAAGAGGUGGCGUCUUUGGAAAGGGAACUCGAGACCACUGAGAAGCAAAGAAAGGACGUCCUGCAUGACCGGGACAGACUGCAAGCAGUUAAAGAAAAACUGGUCUGGGAGAUAAAACUUCUUCAGGAAUCAGCCACAGCCUCUGAAACACGAGCAAAUACAGCAACAGAUACUAAUCACUGCCUUGAACAAGAACUUCAAACUACACUGUCUAUUUUAAAAAUUAAAAAUGAGGAAGUGGAAACGCAAUGGGAGAGAAUCCAGAUGCUGGAGAAAGAGGCAGCACAGGGAAAAACUCUGCAGGAGACUCUCUCUCAUCUGACUGCCACCCUGUCAGAGAAGGAGGGAGAAAUGAAGUUGUACCAGGAUCAGAUGAGAAUGCUGGAAAAGCAGAAAGAAAUGCAUAAAACUACUCUUGAUCAGGUUAUGAAGGACCUAACGGAGAGAAAUCUGAAGACAGAAUCCCAGCAAAAACAGAUACGGGAGCUGGAGAAGCAGCAAGAAAAAGACAGGAUUACUGUCAGCGAGAUGAGCAAAGAGCUGGAGGAGAGAGAGCAGGAGAUCAGAACCCAGCAAGAAGAGAUAUGGGAGCUAGAGAAGCAGCGAGAAAUGCAGAGGACGGCUGUCAGCAAGAUGAGCAAAGAGCUGGAGGAGAGAGAGCAGGAGAUCAAAUUCCAGGCAGGAAAAAUAAUGAUUCUAGAGCAACACGGUGCAUCCCAAGUGAGAGAUCUGCAGGUGGAUCUUGACCAUGUGAAAGGAAACCUGAAGGAGAAAAACGUAGAGCUUAUGUCUCUGAUGGAGCAGAUCCAAGAGCUGGAGAAGGAGAGAGAAGAGGUGAAAUCUCUGCGCACCAGCCUUGAACACCUGAGGGCAGUUCUGAAGGACAGAGAGAGUGAGUGUGACUCUCAAAGGGAUCAGUUAAGGCUCUUGAAGCAAUACAAGGAAGAGCAAGAGGGGUACCUGCAAGAGCUUCAUGGUAAAGUAGAAAGGAUGACACUUUCUUUAUCUAAAAAAGAUCUAGAGCUUGAGACACAGCAAAAGCAAAUGCAAGAAGCUGAAGAAGUCAUGGAAAUGCAGUUAAGGACUGUCCGUGACCAACUGGAGCAGACCUUGGAAACCUUAAAAGAAAAGGACAGACUCAUAGACAUCCAGAAGGAACAAACAAGGAGCUAUGAGGAAAAAACAGAAGAAGAGCUGAAUAUCUUACGCAGAGACUUGGCACACAGCGCAGCAAUAGUGAAAGAAAAGGAUUUGAUGAUUGAAUCUCAGAAGGAAGUGAUUGAGACCUUCCAAAAACAAGAACAGGACUCUGAGCAGCAGAAGGAAAUUCUGCAACACCUUCAAGUGGCACUGAAGGAAAAGGAGCAAGAAAUUGUAUCCCUUAGAAAGCCAUGUGAGGCAUGCAAGGAAAAGGAGGAAGAGCAUGAAGCUGAGCAAAGCAACCUUCAGGCAACAAAACUGACUCUGAAAGAAAGAGAAGAAAAGAUAGGGCUUCUGGAAGAGGCGCUCUCUAAGCUUCAAGAGCAAAAGGAGGAGGCAGUAAUGCAGGCUAAAGCUAUGCUGCAAAAACUACAAGACACUGAAUCUUCUCUAGAAGCUAGAGAUGAAGAGAUAGUGUCUUUGCAAGAGCAUGUCCAGGACCUUCGAAAGCAGAAGGAGUUAGAGGGCAAGCAGGCCAAGAGUCUACAGCAGGAUCUAGACAAAAUGAGACAGGUAUUGAAGGAGAAAGAUUUGGAGUUCCUCAAGCAGACAGAGCAAAUGAACAUGCUCCUGCUUCAAGAAGAAAGCAUGAAAGUAGCACUAACAUCAUGCCAGAAGCAAGUGAAUCUGCUUGAGGAAGAGGUGAGGAAGAGAGAUGAAGACAACAAAAGUCUUAUGCAAAAACUCCAGCACCAGGAAGAAGAACUGAAGACCUUGCAGUAUGUCCAGCUUAGGCUAAGCAAGAAGAAUGAAGAGGUUAGACAUCAGGGAGAGCAAGAGAAGCUCCUGGAAGAAGCCUUGCCUGAGAGGGAACGAGAGACCAAGGCUCAAGGUGAACAAAAAGAGUUAGCAGAGGAAAUAAGAGCUCUUCGGGAAAAUCUCCAGCAUGUUCAGCAGACUCUGACAAAGAAGGAUGAAGAGAUCAAGUGCCAGAGAGACAGAGUCAGGUAUUUAGAGGAGACUCUGAACGGGAGAGAACAAGAGCUUAGGAGUCAGAGUGAACUCCUGAAACAAUUAAGAUCAGUUUUGAGAUGGAAAGAUGAUGACGAGACCCUGCAGAAACAAAUCCAGAAGCUCCAAAAAUGGGAGGAAGAGGAAGCAGAGAAGAGGAGAGUUCUCCAGGACUUGCAAAGGCAGAAGGAGCUAAGCCAACAGCUGGAAGACGAGCGGAAAGCAAAGGGGGAAGAACUGGAGCGUGUGCUUGCGAUUUUGAAGCAGACUGAAAGCGGAGAAAUCGAAUGGAAGGAGAAGGCCCAAGCACUGACUCUUGCCCUCACCCAAAGUGAAAUGGCCAAUGGGACUUUGAGGGAAGAAAUCGCCGUCCUGCAGAGGAUGGUUUCAGAGAGGGACACAGACCGGUUUCAUCAUCAGGCUACUGCAGAAGGGGAGCAGCCACCACAGCUCUCAGAGAAGAGACUCCAGUUGCAGCAGCUGGAACAUCUGCAGCGAGCAGUUGCAAGGCUGGAAGUUGAGAAGAUGGAGCUGAAGCAAUAUAACGCUGAGCUCAAGAGGACUCUUGAGCAGGUGGAACGUGAACGGAGGAGGCUGAAGAGAUACUGUCGGGGUCUGUCGCUGCCAGGUGCAUGUGGAUCUUCUCCCUCUGAGUGUGACCAGCACAAGGUUCCUGCUUCUAGACAGGAGGAGUCUCACACGUGCUGCCCUUGUCGGUUAGCUGAGCUGCAGAAGCAG